CGACGGGAGAUGGUAAAAGAUCAAAGAUGCAACGAUUGUUGUUGAGGGAAGCAAAGAGCCAAGCUAAGAAGCAAGCAUUCAGCAUACCGGCAGACAAGAACAACCAAGAACAGAAGAAAGGCACCUUUUAGAGAGGAUAGCAGCCUAGCAAGGUACAUCAUCACAGAAUCUGAUAAUUACACCAAACACACAAAUCACACCAAACACGACAAUACCCAACCAUGGCCAGGUCGACACUGUCCACUCCCAUCGCCAUUUUGUCCAUUAUCGCGGGAGCGGGGGCCUUUGUGGUUACUCAGGCCGUGACCAAGGACACAUUUGAACCCAUCUUGGCAGCUUGCGGCAAUGCCAAAGACUAUGCUACCAUGGAAGAUUUUGUGGCACAAACGGGUUAUCACCGCUACGACAAACUGGCAGGCAUGGGGGUGCUGGAUGUCUUUGUCUGCAUGAUUACCCAAUUCUUUGUGUUUUUGGUGGAGCGCAGUCCGGCUGGAAUGCUCACGUGGGGAACGACAAUAAUCAGUGCCAUUCCAGCCAUGAUGUUGAUCUUGUUGGAGGCCGGACGGAGUGGCAAUCGAGCCCUCUUGUUGUGGCCCACCACGUUCAGUUUGAUUGCACAAUUUUUGGGCAUUUCAGUGGUAUUUCCCCUCCUUUGGGUACCGAGCUACUGUUUCUUUGCCAAUGAGAGUGGAGUUGUCAAUCUUUCCUUGGCACGGAGUCUGGUGUUCUGGUGUCUCCCUUUUACUCUGCUUUCCGUGGCGGCAUUUGUCUUGCCGGUGGAUUCAGACGAAUGGACGUUAGUAGCGGGGACAUUGGCAGGACCAUUGAUUUGUCUGACUGGAUUGAUUGCCUGGAUACUCGGACCUCCUGCAACUCCCACACAGAAAGAUGUCGCCGCUAGUGCGGAAGCCGCGGGCGUGUCCUUUGGUAUGGGUGGAAUCUUGGCACUACUGGGAUGGUUUUACAUGAUUUACACGGUCCUUAUAAACUACGGAAUGGAUUACGAAGCCCUCUGGAAGGACUUGUGGACCGAUGCGCACCCAUCGAUCCAAUUCAUGUCAAUUGAUGCGUCCGUGUUGUGGGUGGGGUUGGUAUUGCACAUUGCCUCCCGCAAGCUGAGCAGUGUGGCCGAAGUGCUGCUGUUGACACCCUUUUUUGGACCUGGGGCAGCCUGCUGUAUGGCUCUGGCAUCUCUGGAGAUGGACCGGGUCCCUCCCGUGAGCAAUAGUAGUAGUGAUGAAAUCAAGAAAGACAAGUAAAUAGAAUAUAUGAUAUUUUGGGCUCCGAUAAGUCGCGCUGUCUAGCAUGACUCCCGGAGCUACCGGUACCGGUACAGUAGAUUUGGUUGUGCCGAUUUAGGUUUUAAAAACCAACCAAAGGACUGAUAUGGAUGACCACAUUGAUGGUUUCGUAGGUUUCGUAGGUUGCUUACCAGGUAGCUUUGUGAUGAUGCAACCAGUGCACACCGGUACGGCAAUAGUCUAGCUACAGGUAGUUGUUGCACUUCAUGAACAUCUUUUUGACCAUGGACUCGAC